UGCAAAAGAUCUGUAAUUAAAGAAACAAGAGGAGUAUUUGAGUGUCAUCCCGCCCUGUCUUACAUGUCAGCAGCAUCCUGUCACAAGAACUCAAAGAGGAACUUUACCAGAAACCCACAGACAGAUCAGACCUGCAGGAUGUCGAGUUCUUUAGUCGUGUGUGAGGUGGACGCCAGUCUGCAGGAGAAACUCAAGAAGUUUCGCUUUCGUAAAGAGACCAACAAUGCAGCUAUUCUGAUUAAGAUUGAUAUGGAGAAACAGCUGGUCAUUCUGGAGGAAGAAUAUGAGGAUAUCUCACUGGACGAACUCAGACAAGAACUUCCAGAGCGUCAGCCGCGAUUUAUAGUGUACAGUUAUAAACUGACUCACAGUGAUGGACGUGUGUCAUAUCCGCUCUGUUUCAUCUUCUCCAGUCCUGUGGGAUGUAAACCGGAGCAGCAGAUGAUGUACGCCGGCAGUAAGAACAGACUGGUGCAGUCAGCAGAUCUCACCAAGAUUUUUGAGGUUCGUAAUCCAGAUGAUCUGACGGAGGAAUGGCUGAAGGAGAAACUGUCAUUCUUUCGCUGAAACAUGACCAGAAUCCUGAAAUCACUUUGAAAUAAAAGUGCAAAAUGAUCUCCGGUCAGCUCAAAGUUACUCCGUAUAAAAAGUGUUCUCAAAUAUUUGCUUAUAGGUCUUGUCAUAUGUAAAACUUUCUUGCAUUUCUUGAGUCUGUAGAAUGCUUCAGAAUGACUGUAAGAUUGAAGUUUUGUAGGUGUGGAGUUCAGCACAUUCACUAACACACUGACAAGUACAAUCGUUUGCAAAUGGCAUUUUCAGUCUUACAGCUGCUGUGAACGCUCCUCAUCCAGAAUGCAAACUCAGAUUUAACUAAACUGUUGUUUAUUUACAAUGUUUUAUACAGUAAUGUGAGAGUGGACACUACUUAAAAAAAUCAACAACACAUUUACUAAUACAUGAGCACUCAGUCUACAUCCAUAAUGAGAAACCAGAGAAAUAAAACAGACUGGAACAUCAAAUCAAA